CUCGGAGGAAGAGGGGGCGGGGGCGCGCAGAGGCGGGGGGGGGGGGGGGGGCGCAGGGGCGGCGCGCGGGCUCCGGCGCCCCUGCCCGCGCGCGAGGGGCGGGGCGGCGCGCGGAUCGAUGGGCGAAGCUGGGGAGGAAUUUCAAUCCCCGGAGCGAAGUUAGAGCUUGAAGGACGGCGGCGGCGGCGGGCACAGCCCCGGAACGGCGGCCGGGCGAGCAGCAGGAGCUGCCGGAGACCCUGUGUCCUGCCUGGACCCCCAUCUCCCUGCGUGUCCUGGAAUGAGGAGGUGAUGCCCACGACCCCCAUGGGGAGGAAUCCACCCGCCUGGGCUCUGCAGACGGGUCAGCUCACCGGCGGGCCCUGAGCUGAAGGACCGGCUGGACCGAUGGGGAAGCAGGCCGUGGCCCCGGCCGGACGCGGGUGGACCGAGCGAGGCGGCCGGCCGUGAGGGAGGCGCUCCCCUCGCAGUGCGGGCCAUGCGCCCGGGACGCCGCUGAGCAGGCGGGCGCCCUCCCCUCCCGCGCACCCCGCGCCCCAGGCAGGCUGAGCGGGCGGCCCCCGCGGGCGGGUCCCGAUGGCCGCGUGCGGGCGGGGGGCUCCGUGGCUGUGGGCCUGCGUGGCGGCCGCCCUGCUACAGGCGGGCGGGCUGGCACACGGCGACUGCUGGCUCAUCGAGGGCGACAAGGGCUUCGUGUGGCUGGCCAUCUGCAGCCAGAACCAGCCGCCCUACGAGGCCAUCCCGCAGCAGAUCAACAGCACCAUCGUGGACCUGCGGCUCAACGAGAACCGCAUCCGCAGCGUGCAGUACGCGGCGCUCAGCCGCUUCGGCAACCUCACGUACCUCAACCUCACCAAGAACGAGAUCGGCUACAUCGAGGACGGCGCCUUCUCGGGCCAGUUCAACCUGCAGGUGCUGCAGCUCGGCUACAACCGGCUGCGCAACCUGACGGAGGGCGUGCUGCGCGGCCUGGGCAAGCUGGAGUACCUGUACCUGCAGGCCAACCUCAUCGAGGCGGUGGCGCCCGGCGCCUUCUGGGAGUGCCCCAACAUCGUCAACGUGGACCUGUCCAUGAACCGCAUCCAGCGCCUGCACAGCGCCACCUUCGCGGGGCUGGCGCGGCUCUCCGUGUGCGAGCUCUACAGCAACCCCUUCUACUGCUCCUGCGAGCUGCUGGGCUUCCUGCGCUGGCUGGCGGCCUUCGCCAACGCCACGCAGGCCCACGACCGCGUGCAGUGCGAGUCCCCGCCCCUCUACUCCGGCUACUUCCUGCUGGGCCAGGGCCGCCACGGCCAGCGCAGCAUCCUGGGCAAGCUGCAGUCCGUGUGCACCGACAGCCCGUACGCGGCAGAGACGCGCCCCGUGCCCGGCCGCCCCCCGCCCGGCCGCUCCCCCCCCCCGCCCCCAGCGCCGCCCGCGGAGCCCAGCGAGGCCCCCUGCGCCGACGACGAGUGCUUCUCCGGCGACGGCACCACGCCGCUGGUGGCCCUGCCCACGCUGGGCCCGCAGGCCGAGGCCCGCCCGCUCAUCAAGGUCAAGCAGCUGACCCAGAACUCGGCCACCAUCACGGUGCAGCUGCCCAGCCCGUUCACCCGCAUGUACACGCUGGAGCACUUCAACAACAGCAAGUCGUCCACCGUGUCCAGGCUGACGCGGGCCCGGGAGGAGAUCCGCCUGACCAACCUGCACGCACUCACCAACUACACCUACUGCGUGGUGUCCAGCAGCUCGGGUCUGCACCACAACCACACCUGCCUCACCAUCUGCCUGCCGCAGCCGCCCAGCCCGCCGGGGCCCGUGCCCAGCCCCUCCACAGCCACCCACUACAUCAUGACCGUCCUGGGCUGCCUCUUCGGCAUGGUGCUGGUGCUGGGCGCCGUUUACUACUGCCUGCGGCGGCGAAGGCGGCGGGAGGGCAAGCAGAAGCAGGCGGCCGCGGCGGCCGGGAGCCUCAAGAAGACCAUCAUCGAGCUCAAGUACGGGCCCGAGCUGGAGGCGCCCGGCCUGGCGCCGCUGUCCCAGGGCCCGCUGCUGGGCCCCGAGGCGGUGACGCGCAUCCCGUACCUGCCCGCUGGCCCCGGCGAGGUGGAGCAGUACCAGCUGGCGGAGGGCGGCGGGACGCCCAAGGGUAGCAAGGGCGGCUACAUGGAGGUGCGCGCAGCAGAGCAGGUGGAGCGCAGGGACGGGGACCCAGGCCGGUCGGGCCCCGACAGCCAGAGCUCGGUGGCCGAGAUCUCCACCAUCGCCAAGGAGGUGGACAAGGUCAACCAGAUCAUCAACAACUGCAUCGAUGCCCUCAAGGCCGAGUCCACCUCCUUCCAGGGCAGCAAGCCGGGGGCCGUGUCCACGGCCGAGCCGCUGGCCGGCAAGCGUGGCUUCCUGGCGCCCACCUACCAGGACGCCUGCGGCCUGCAGCGGCACCACAGCCUGGAGGCCGCCCCCGGGGCCCCACGGGCCAGCUCCUCCUCCAGUGGCUCCGCCCGCAGCCCGCGGCCCUACCGCGCCGAGCCCACCGCGCUGCACGAGGCCAAGUACAUCGAGAAGGGCUCGCCCGCGGCCGAGGCCAUCCUCACCGUGACGCCUGCAGCCGCUGUGCUGCGGGCUGAGCCCGAGAAGGGCCGGCAGUACGGGGAGCACCGGCACUCGUACCCCGGGCCCCACCCCGCCGAGCCCCCCGCGCCGCCCGCGCCCCCUGAGAGCCUGGGCUGCCGCAAGGCCUCCAUCCUGGAGCCGCUGACGCGGCCGCGGCCCCGCGACCUGGCCUACGCGCCGCUGUCGCCGCAGUACCACCACCUGAGCUACGCCUCCAGCCCCGAGUAUGCCUGCCGCGCCUCCCGCAGCCUCUGGGGCCGCUUCAGACUGAGCCGGCGGCGGCACCGGGACGCCGGGGAGUGCGUGGCGGCCGGCCACGCGCUGCGGAGGAAGGUGCAGUUCGCCAAGGACGAGGACCUGCACGACAUCCUGGACUACUGGAAGGGCGUGUCGGCGCAGCACAAGUCCUGAGCCGGCCCGCGCGGGCGCGCCCGGGCCGCAGAGCGCACGAGGCCACCGCAGCAUCCGUAACCCAGAGACUCACGGCGCACGCGCGCGCGCGCACAGAGACCGCAACUGCUGAAGCCCCGGGCUUUGGGGCCAAGUGGGGAGGGGCGCCGGCAGGCCGAACGGGAGGGGCGCGUGGCUGAGCGCGUGCACCUGCCCUGAGACGUUUCCACCGGUGGGAGGGGCCCGUCCACACACACACACACACGCGCGCGUGCGCACACACUGUGCACACACACAAGGGACUUCCGAAAACUGUGUCUUAGGGAUGGGGGGCGGGGGGGAUUUUUUUCAUUAUCUUUUGAUUCUUCUCUGCCUUCUUUCUCUCUCCCUCUCUUUUUUUUUAAAGUUCUCUUUAAAAGACGUAAAACGCUGGACGUGGAGGGGUAUGGCCGCCUGGCCCUGCGUGACUCCUCUGUCCAUGGCUUUCUGCGGACUCUAUUUAGUCCGUCUCUUUUGUCGCCGCCACCGGCCGGGGCGCCGGGGCAGAGCGAACGCAGGCGGCCUCCGGCAUGGUCCCGGAGCCCCGCGGGACUCGGGGGCAGGAGGGCUGUGCCUGCAGAUGGCGGGGUGGCGGGGGCCGGCAGUGUGCGUUCCAGCCCUGCCCCCACUAUACACUGUCCUCCUGUUGUAUAGAGAAAUAUUUCUAUAUUUGCAAUGUUUGCUGUAAAAUGAGAAAGAAAAAAAAAAAGACUAUGUCUACUAAAAAAAAAUAAUUCUGCAAAGGAAAAAAAUUCCAACACUUGUUUGCAGUGGUUUUUCCUCUGGGACUUGGGGCAAGGUGUGCAGUGUGAGUGACCUCUGUUUAGGGGCAGGUGAGGCCCUUGGGAGACGGGGCAGCCAGCC